UAGCUAACUAAACGUGUUAAUGCGAUGAACCGGGAAUUUAUUGACCAUGGCUAACCUAAGGAUUUCGUUAGCCGUCGCGGUCGUCCAGGCUGUCCUGUACAGAAGCUCCGAGGCUCUUUGGUGUAACUGUACGACUGCCCAGUGUGAGAAGACUGGCUCCCAGUGUGAGACCGAUGGAGCCUGCAUGGCUUCCACCUCCUUCAUUGACGGCCAAGAGCAGCACAUCCGUAUCUGCAUCACACGCGACAAGCUUGUGCCCCCUGGACAGCCAUUCUACUGCCUCGGUGCAGAGGGCUUUCUCAACAUCCACUGCUGCUACACCGACUACUGCAACAGCAUUGACCUCAAAGUACCCUCAGUGACAAGUCCAUCAGGACUGGAGGGAGGCUACGGCCCAGGAGGGACAUGGGGCCUGGUGGAACUAGUCGCCGUGAUUGCAGGGCCGCUGUUCCUGCUGUGUCUGCUACUGUUGGUGGGUGUGUUCCUGUAUCAGUACCACCAGAGAGCCUACAACCACAGGCAGAGGCUGGAGGUGGAGGACCCCUCCUGUGACCACCUGUACCUGGCCAAAGACAGGACCCUGCAGGACCUCAUUUAUGAUUUGUCCACAUCCGGUUCAGGCUCAGGUCUGCCUCUGUUUGUCCAGCGGACCGUGGCCAGAACUAUUGUCCUGCAGGAGAUCAUUGGUAAGGGGCGUUUUGGGGAGGUGUGGCGAGGACGUUGGAGGGGUGGCGAUGUGGCGGUGAAGAUCUUCUCAUCGAGAGAAGAGCGCUCCUGGUUCCGUGAGGCUGAGAUCUAUCAGACCAUCAUGCUCCGCCAUGAGAACAUCCUGGGCUUUAUAGCUGCUGACAACAAAGAUAAUGGCACAUGGACCCAGCUGUGGUUGGUGUCAGACUACCAUGAGCAUGGCUCUCUGUUUGACUACCUGAACCGCUACUCUGUCACUACCGAAGGAAUGAUCAAACUGGCGCUGUCAGCUGCAAGCGGCCUUGCACAUCUGCACAUGGAGAUACUUGGAACACAAGGGAAGCCAGGCAUCGCCCACAGAGACCUGAAGUCCAAGAACAUCCUUGUGAAGAAGAACUGCACCUGUGCUAUCGCUGACCUGGGUCUGGCUGUCCGUCAUGACUCUGCCACUGACACAAUCGACAUCGCCCCCAAUCAAAGGGUGGGCACCAAGAGGUACAUGGCUCCAGAGGUUCUGGAUGAGACUAUCAACAUGAGACACUUUGACUCAUUCAAAUGUGCUGAUAUCUACGCGUUGGGGCUGGUCUACUGGGAGAUUGCGCGCCGCUGUAACAGUGGAGGUAUCCAUGAAGAGUACCAGCUGCCCUACUAUGACCUGGUGCCUUCUGAUCCUUCCAUAGAGGAGAUGAGGAAGGUGGUGUGUGACCAAAAGUUACGACCCAACAUCCCAAAUUGGUGGCAGAGCUAUGAGGCCUUGCGGGUUAUGGGCAAAAUCAUGAGGGAGUGUUGGUAUGCUAAUGGAGCUGCCCGCUUGACAGCCUUGCGAAUCAAAAAGACCCUGUCCCAGCUCAGUAUUCAAGAGGACAUUAAAGUCUGAGCGAAGUCAGCAGAGCACUGAGAAAGAGCACUGAGCAGGACCCGGCUCCAGACGAUAGGACAGUGAGAGGAAGGGUCUGGGCCCUUCUGCAAAGAACGCACAAAGUUAAGAAGAUAUGAUGGAGAGUGGCACUUUGUAAAAUAGUAGUCCAUAGACACUUCUGCCAGUUUUGAAGCCACUUGAUUUCUGACAAACCCUACCUCGCUUACCCAGCCGAACUACCAAGAACACCUUUCCUGUCUUGUCCUCAGCUACCGCUGCCCUACUUUAACCUUUCUGUUCCACUCUACGUUCUAUACUAACAAGGAUCCUUGGAUUUCCUGUGUAAUUGUAUGCAAUCAAUAGCAGGAUAUGUAAUUAACCAGUUAACAUUCUAAAAAUCACUUGCUGAUAUUUACGAGUCUCUUUGAUCACUUUUGCUUAAUAGUUAACGAACAGCAUUCGCUCUUAUUGUCUUUGUAAGGGGGCAAGCUGGGAGGGUUAGGGGUGUUUUUAACUUAUUUUUACUUAUUAUGUUAUUUAAGUGUCUAGAUCUAAUAUAUAGGUGUUUGUGAGGCUACUGUGUAGGUUUCUCUAUGCCACACCUAUAGCACACAAUCACACGACAAACAGCUUAGAAAUCCGUCAAAGAAAAUGAUCCAUCUGCUUCUGCGGCAGCGGCGUGGUUUAGUUAAAUGCAGAUUUCCAUGUUAACAUGUACAGAGCAGUUGAGACAGUUUGCCGAAGUGCAGCCCAUUGACUUUCAGCGAGGUAAGACUUCAAAGUCACCGGAGCAUUAGGGCACCUUGCCAAACAUGAUUUAGCCUCUGGACAACUUGCCUGGAGCCUUUCUCAUAAACUGUUGUAAAGCUCAGGUUUUCUUUAUGCUUACCAAUCAACAGGCUUUUUUCCCUCUGUUUAAAACCAGCUUAAGCAAAAUACACAUUUAGGAAUUAUAAAAUAAAAAUGGAUUUCACUAGGAUGGAGGGUUCGACUAGUUGUAGAGCAAAAGCUGCCAGUGGCUUGAUACUGUAUGUGUCCUGUCCUUGAACUUCUCAGCUGACACGCUCGCUGGCUUCAGAUCUGGACACUAAUGAUGCAAAACACUAAAUGCAGCAUGUUGCACAGUGGUAUAUGUAGUAUGUUUAUAUAACAGUGUCCUAUUCUGAAUGUAGCCGCUGUUUGUCAGUCAACCCGUAGAGCAUAGCCUGCCAUGAAAAUGUACAUUGGCUCCAUUCCCUCAGAUAAGCUGGUAUACACAAUAUUCAGAUAAACCUUUGCAGCAGCCAGCCAGUCAUCUAGACUGUACAUUCAAUGCGAGAGAGAAAUAUAUAGUGUCAAAUCAUGUCCGGUGUUCUUUUGCCCUAGGGCUCAUUCACUCUGGCCAUGUAUACAGUAACUACUGCACAUAGACUAGCUUUUUGAGGUAAUACUUGUGUAUAUCUGAGAGUUACAUUUGAUUGAAACUUAGGUCAUGUUUCAGAUGGUUGAAUCUUUUUUUAUACCAUCUUUAUGUACCAGUCUACUUUCUGACCUCUGAAGUAACAUCACUGUAUAUGUCAGACACACUGCUUAUGUUGACUUUUUCUUUUAGCUCUCUCUUACUGCAGAGCAGUAUUUGAUUUUUAAUCAAUGUUUCCCCUUGUGGCGCCUUUCGUUCACCGUGCAUUACCUCCCCAAUGUGCAAAUUGUAUGUUAUUUGUUUUUGGAGUGCUAACAUUGUCAGAAAUCACUGUCUACAUUUUUUGUUUUCAGGAAAUAGGUGCACUUUUGUCUUUAGUUGUAUGCAAAUUCAACUGGUACUGUUGGUGUGUAUAGUCUUUCCCAUGUUAUUUAUAUGUGUAGGCUGCGAGUCCCUAUGAGAGCCUGAAAGGCCACAUGUGCACUACUACUGACCUCACAGCAUUAAAACCAAAUUAUUCUCAGAAUCAUCUCUGGUCAUGGCCUCCAGUGUUUAUUUAAGAUCACGCCACUGAAAAUGAGACUGUUUACAUAAAUCAUGCCAAGCAGUUGCAGUACACUCCGUCGGACCGGAGAGAAUGUGAAGUUUCUUUGGAUCUCUGGGAGAAGAAAUGUUGAAACUAAAUACUACUGAAAUGACUCAAUGCUGUCUCUCAAAUGUGUUUUGCCAGUACUUUUUGAAUUUAGAAUCACUUGCUCACCUGCAUUGUAUUGUUUUAAGUCUUAUGGGUUGUUAGUAAGAAGAGACAGAGUGCACUUGAUGCUGUUGUUUUUGGCUGGAAAGUCUGGGAAGCUCUGCUGUUAAAUAGGUGGUUGAAUGUCAUCCAUAUUUAUACAUUGAAGAGGUAUGUUUGUCAACUUGUAUCUGCCUUACAAUGUUUAAAAAAAAAAAAGUGUAUUUAAGGUCUGUAAUACCUUGCUCCAAUAGUGGGGUCUGAGUCUUAAGAAAUGAGGUAUUAUACUACAGGUUGACAUAACUCCCAGGUCUCUGUCCAGUUCUGGCAAAGAGACAACUGCAUCCAUGUACAAACCCCUUCAGGAUUUCAAUCAUGUAUCUUCUAAU